GAUCAAAGAAGCGUAAGCGUCACCGAGGGCGGAGCAAAGCGAUAUCUUGGCGUCGUUUUCGGGCCAGCGUCGGCGAGGGGAGGCGAAGAAGGCGGCUAUCAGCGGGCGGCGAUGAACUCCUCGUCGUCGUCUUCGAUGGGAGGCGAGGGCAGACAUGACGACGACUCCGGCCUCACCGAGUUCCUCUCCUCCCUCAUGGACUACACCCCCACGAUACCGGACGAGCUUGUGGAGCAUUACCUUGGCAAGAGCGGCUUCCACUGCCCUGACUUGCGGCUAACCAGGCUGGUAUCUGUCGCAACGCAAAAGUUUAUGUUGGAGGUUGCAAAUGAUGCUCUUCAGCAUUGCAAGGCCAGGCAAGCAGCGCCAGUUAAGGAUAAGAGCAAGCAGCCAAAGGAUAAGAGGCUUGUCUUAGCAAUGGAGGAUCUUUCAAAAUCCCUCCAAGAGUAUGGAGUGAACUUGAAACACCAAGAAUACUUCGCCGACAACCCUUCGACCGGAAUGGACCCUACAUCAAGGGAGGAAUAGAUGAAUUUGCAUGCCUUAACUUUGCUCCGUCAAUAUUUUUAACUGCUGUUCUUGAUCCUUUUGGCACAUAGACCGAGUUAUUUAUUUUCAUGUAAACAUGCUGCAUUAUUGUGAAUCUCAGCAAGCUUUAUUGUUUUGCAUGCUGCGGUUGUCCAGCUAGUCGAAUUCGAGUUCAGUAUUUAACUUUGGAAUAAUCAUUUCUUUCUGCUUUGUAA